AUGAAGUUUUAUAGUUACAAGGCAGUGUCAUUAUUGUGGCUUUUGUUGAACGUGGCAACUUUGGUGGCACAAGUUCAAAGCACUCCAUGCACAAGCACAUUCUUUUCUGCUCUUGUGCAACUCAUUCCCUGUAGGGCAGCAGUGGCUCCUUUUAGCCCAAUUCCACCAAGUGAUGCUUGUUGCAAUGCCCUUAAGGCAUUAGGGCAACCAUGUUUGUGUGUUCUUGUCAAUGGCCCUCCAAUAUCUGGGGUAGACCGUAACAUGGCCUCACAGCUUCCAGAGAAAUGCACAGCUAACUUUGAACCAUGUGAAAUCAUGUGA